UGGAGAUGCUCUCUGCCACGCCGUAAGCAACUUAUGCCAUUCCAUGCCACCACUCAAUCCAGUAGCCUUUUCCUUAUGAUUCCUCUGCUUUCCAAAACCCUAACAAUCCCCUCUCUCCCUCUACUUCGCUUGACUCUCACUCCUCACUCACUACUCACCCGCUUCACUUCCACUCCAACUCCAACACAAACCCGACCCAUGAGCUCCGACUCGACUCAGCGCGUCUUCCAGCUCAAACUCGACCCGCUCACUGGUAACUCUGAAUGGGUCAUCAUCGAAGACGGAAACAAAGAAGAAGAAGAAACUUUUAAGAGUUCCAGCCAUGCACUUCUAGCCACGACCUCGUAUUUGGACAUGCUCAAUGACGAUACUAGAAACAGAGCAUUCCGUGAAGCCAUUGACAAGACCAUAACCAAACCUUGCCACGUCUUAGACAUCGGGGCUGGGACAGGGCUGCUGUCAAUGAUGGCAGCAAGAGCAAUGGGGACAUGCGAUGAUAGCAAGAAGGGGAUGGUAACAGCGUGUGAGUCAUACCUUCCUAUGGUGAAAUUAAUGAGAAAAGUAUUGAAUUUAAAUGGCAUGGGAAAGAAUGUUAAGAUUUUUAACAAACGCUCCGAUGAACUCCAAGUUGGUGUCGAUAUUCCUUCACGAGCAGAUGUUCUUGUUAGUGAGAUACUAGACUCAGAGUUAUUGGGUGAAGGGUUGAUACCGACUCUACAGCAUGCACAUGACAUGCUGCUGGUGGACAAUCCACUGACUGUGCCGUAUCGAGCUACGACUUAUGGCCAGUUGGUUGAAAGCACGUUCCUGUGGAAGCUGCAUGAUCUAUCUAAUAAUGAGGAAGAAGCCUCAGACGGCAUUCGUCUUGUUCCAGCUGGCCUGGACACAAUUUUACGUGUCAAAGCAAAACAACAUCCCAUGCACUGUGAUGCAAUAUCAAAAGAGAUAAAUCUGCUGUCAGAACCCUUCAAAAUUUUUGAGUUUGACUUUUGGAAACGGCCAGACAGCCAAGGGGACUCUAAAUUGCUCAUCAAGGCAACUAAUGAUGGUAGAAUUCAUGCUGUAGUAUCAUGGUGGAUUCUUCAGCUUGAUUCUGAAGGGACAAUCUUUUAUUCCACUGCUCCUAGAUGGAUAACUUCACCAAUAGCCACACAUACUGGAAAUUGGUGUGACCACUGGAAACAGUGUGUGUGGUUCAUUCCAGGGGAAGGUAUACCCAUAUCCAAGGGUGAAGAGGUUCAUUUACAUGCUGUUCAUUCUGAUACAAGUGUCUCAUAUAAUCUUGCAACCCAAGCCACUGAGAUUAGGGGAUGUGAUUCCAUUGCUGGAGAUUCUCACCUCACAUUGUCUCCUGAAAGAAUUGCAAUCUAUGGAGACAGGAAAUGGAGGUCUUGGAUGUUAACAGCUUUGAACAAUUUGUUGCAGGCAAGAGUUCACCCACUAUGUGUUGUUGCGGAUGAUAGUGUUUUCUUAUCACUUCUUGUAGCACAUCUCUCAAAAACUUCAAAUGUGAUAGCUCUGUUUCCUGGGUUGCGAGAGAGAGGUGUGCAGUAUUUGAAGGCAGUUGCUGAUGCUAAUGGCAUCACAGCAGAUCGUAUAGAAGUUUUUCAAAAGAAGAAAUACUUGACUCUGAAUGAUACUAAGCAGAAGAAGGUUGAUCUAUUGAUUGGAGAACCAUACUAUUAUGGAAAUGAUGGGAUGCUUCCAUGGCAAAACUUUCGGUUUUGGAAGGAACGGACUAUGCUUGACUCUGUCCUUGCUGAAGAUGUGUUAGUAAUGCCCUGUAAAGCAAUGCUGAAGGCUUGUGCGAUGUCCCUUCCAGAUCUUUGGAAAAGUCAUCGCUGCUUAAGCAAGAUAGAAGACUUUGACCAUUCAAUUGUAAAUAACACCUUAGGAGCCUGUGGUGACUUACCCGCACCACUAGAGGGUCCACUUCUGCCUUUCUUUAUAUGGCAGUGUGGGGAGACUAAGGAACUUAGUGAGACAUUUACUAUCAUGGAAUUUGAUUUCUCAAAAUCUAUUGGUCCAUGCUAUGGAAAAGCCCAGGUUGAAUUUACUGAGCAAGGGAUGUGCCAUGGAUUUGUGCUUUGGAUUGAUUGGGUGAUGGAUGCGAAGAAUUCUGUUGUGCUAACUACAGGGCCAGAUGAGAGAUAUUGGAAGCAAGGAGUGAAGCUUCUGUCACAGCCUGUGGCAGUUGGAGGUCGUGGAUCGAGCACGGGUAACUGUUGUUCUACACUAAUAGAAGCAUCCUUUGAUCCAUCAAGUGGUGAACUCGCUGUAAAACAUGUUUGGUAAUAAAAAUUGUUUGCUCCUAGGAAUCCAAUAUGUGAUGAACAAUUUAGUUGAUGAGAAGUCUAGCUGUGAUUUUUCCUUGAAAUUAAAAAAAGAAAAGAAGAGGUUUCAGGUUCCAA